AUGACCACCUGUUCUGCUGAGACUGUCUCAGACAUCAAUGCACUAUCUGAGUACUUGAGUGACCCUCAGUUAGACAACCUCUCCUCUGCACCUCCAGUGGAUUGUAUAAUAGUAUGCGCCUCGCAAGUCCUUUUCGGAGCCGAAACAAUUUUCCAUACACUCGAGCAAAAGCCUGAUCUUACAAAAUGCCUGGUGCUUUGCGGCGGCAUCGGCCACUCAACGAAACUGCUCUACGCCGCUCUCCGGCAUCACCCUCGCUACUCAAACCUCGCCAACUCGAUCGAAGGACUGCCAGAGGCUCGAGUGUUGGAAAAGAUUCUGGAUGAAUCAUUCGAUCGUGACAGGAUUACGGCGCAGGGAUGUCAGAUUCUGAUUGAAGACCAAUCCACCAACUGUGGGCAGAACGCGUUGUUUAGUCGCCGCGUGCUUGAGCGGGCAGGUUUCCGGGACAUCAAAUCGUGUAUCAUCAACCAAGACCCGACGAUGAUGCUUAGAACGAAGGCUUCAUUUGAAAUGGUUUACGGCGAUAUAUUGUCCCAGGUCUCGUUCCUCAGUUUCCCGGGGUUUGUUCCCAAGGUGCGAUUAUCGGACAAUUGGCUUUUGGAGUAUGAGCAUACGGACGACGUGUCUGGCUCAUGGGUACUGGACCGGUUUAUUGAAUUGAUUCUGGGAGAGAUACCGAGGGUAAGAGAUGAUGAAGAGGGAUAUGGUCCACGCGGGCGAGGUUUCAUAGCUCAUGUUGACCUGCCAGCUGAUGUCGAGCUGGCGUGGUCCCGGCUACGGGUUUUAUUCGAACAUCAUGGACGUAGAUAA